UUCAUAAACUCAGUGACCAUUUUAUUGUGGGUGUGAGCGGAUUGUGAUGACAGGCAUUGCGUGUAUUGAAUGAAUGAAUUGUUAAAACAUAUGAAAUGAUUGUUUAAAUGUUUGGUUCGCUUUCGCUGUGAAACAACUCAUUGAUUGACUCAUUGAAACUCAAAGAAAUGUCGGCGUUAUUUAACUUCCAAUCGCUGUUAACAGUGGUGUUGCUGUUGAUCUGCACGUGUACUUACAUCAGGUCUUUGACACAAAUACUCGACAAGAGAAAGACCGGGUUUUUGGGCGUCUUCUGGAAGUGCGCCCGAAUUGGCGAACGAAAGAGUCCAUACAUUGCCAUCAGUUGUCUGGCGAUGGCUUUAAGUAAUCUUUUCUAUUAAACUCCCAUUUGUUGUCAACAAUUAUAAUGAAAUGUAUAUUUUUCCAAAUGAAUUAAUUUCUAUAUUAUUUUAUUAUUGCAAUGGAUGUAUAUCUUUGAAUUAAUUUAUAAAUAAAUAACUACUAAAAUUUGAUAAAA